AUGAGGUCGGGUCAACCGGCCCAAAUCACCGCUAACGGAAGCGAAUCGAAAACAGAGUCAGAACGUCGUGUUUUAUCGAAGCUAAUAAUCGCUCCCAAAAUGGCGACAGACGCAGAAUCACCGUCACCGGAGGAGAAGCCAAGCGCCCAGCCGCCGCCGCCACCAGCAGCAACCGAUUUGACUUCGAUAAUAAAAUCGAAAGCACUAGAAGAAACCGCACCAUGGAUCGAUGACGCAAUGCAACAAGCUCUUAUUUACCAAAAAACCAUGCAAGAUUCCCUUGACACCGCCAUUGGAGCUUCAAAAUCUCGCUUCUCUGAAAUCAUCUCGACUUCUCAAGCUCAUUUUAGCCAAACAAUUGAUUAUUUGCAAGAUGUUAAGUUAGAGAUUGGUGUUUAUGAGGAUAAAUUAUUUGGCAAGGUUAAAGAGGGGAUUAAUGUUGCAGCUUCGCAUCCUUUGAUUACGAGCGCUGUUGCUGUUGGAUUGGGACUUGUGGUUCUUAAAAGACCAAGGCGCAUUUUGUACUACAAGACCUUGCGCCUUUUUAAUAGUGAAGAGGCCUUGCUUUCCCAAGCUGAUGCUAAAGUAAAGGAAUUGCGACAGUCGAUUAGCCUCUUGAAGGCUGAAAGUGAGAAGUUGGAGAUUUAUGUUGGUGAGGAAUUCUGGCUUUGUCAUGUACUUGCUGGGAACAUAGUACAGGAUGAGGAUGGGAGUAGAGUUGAGAACAGCAGUGGGGAUAGAGAAUGCAUUCGACAUCUCAAACUGUAUACCGCUAUUCUUAGGAGGGCAUCAUUAGCUGAACAAGAAUUGAUUCGGGGAAGGACAAAGCUCAGGUUUGUGAUUUCAGAAAAAAGGCUUCUGAUGUUCACUCUUGAAAAGUACGAAAGGAAAUGUUUCCUUUUGGCUGAUUUUUUCUGCGGAAACUUUGUCUAUUGUUACAGGCAAGCAGGCAAGCAGAUCCAAGGUGUAAUUAGCUCCGCUUACAAAAUUGAAAGACAAGCUAUGGGGUUGAGGGAUAUUCUUGGGGAAUUGCCCAGAGCAGAAGCAUCUAGAUUUCGGUCACAAAACUUGUCUUGGAGUUCUGUAUAUUUUGGUCAUUUAUCGUGGUUUACUUUGGUUGAAAAGAAAACACUUCUGCUGCGCUCAUUAUCUAAUGCUCCUCAGUUUCGAACCUGGCUUCAGAGGCAAAGCAAGAAAGGAAUGCUUUGUCCAAGGAGGUCACAAAAAUCAGUAACUAUGGAAUCUCGGUCUGAUAAUGCUCUUUGCUUUUGCAAUGUGUUGGAGGUUUGA